UAUUUGAUGCCUUGACCAUAUCUACUACUACUCACUCACCUAAAUUUACUCCACUUCCUACUCAUUCGACCUUCACUUUUGCCACUUUCUUUCCCUAUUUUUCUCAGCUGAUCAUUUGUCUGCUUUCCUUUUGCCACUUUCUUUCCCUAAUUUUCCUCAGCUGAUCAUUUGUCUGCUUUCCCAACUGAUUGCGAACUCCACCAACCCGUUUUUGAAUUAGAGUAGCAAAGCAUCUCCGUCGGCCAUUCCUAAGAGCAUCUUCACAUUUUCCCUUUCUGCUCUCAGUAGCGUCCAAGUCUAACAAAUAGCAAAGCAAAGGAGAAUAAGGAAACGAAAUAUCCCGCUGCAGGAAAGGGAGAUUGUAGUUCGGCUCGUUAUACUUAUAACUUAGAAGAGAAGAGGAGAUGGGUUCUUUUCCAAUAUUAUCUUUUGUCUCCAACUGGGUUCGUUUGCAUUUAGACGUUCGAGGGUUUUGAUGGUUUCCGAUAGCAAAAAAGGCCGUGGAGGAGAUAUUUAUUUGUAUCCACCACCAUCCCUUCCCUUUUUCUCUUUCUCUCAGGAAAGGGAAUUUCUCUUAGCGCCACCUUAUCUCUCUAUCUAAUAUCUACCUCCAGCUGCCCUCUCUCUUCUGAAAAUACCCAUCUUCCUCUCAUUGAUAAGAGUUUCUGUUGGGGAUUGGUAGGAGAGGAAGAAGAGAGGUAUGGAAGCCGUGCUACAAACCAGAGGGCUUUUCUCACUACCGCCUAAUCCAAAAACCAGAGCUUUAUAUGCAUCCCAGGGUUUAAGGCAGAGGAUUUCGGCUUCAAAACCCAAAACCUCACCUGGGUUUUCCUUAUCUUCAAAUGGGUUCAAAAAAUUUCCGACCUUUGUGUCCGCCCCCAAUGGUCUGUUCCCAAGUAACAGAACUUUGCAUAUCUGCAAAGCGGAAGCCGCCGCUGCAUCCGAGGGACAGCCGCUGUUUCGCAAGGAAAGUGAGAGCAAGAAGGUUCUAGGUAUCGAGGUUGAGACUCUCAAGAAGAUUGUUCCACUAGGUUUGAUGUUCUUUUGUAUCUUAUUCAAUUAUACAAUUCUGAGGGAUACGAAGGAUGUGUUGGUGGUGACUGCCGAAGGGAGCAGUGCAGAGAUUAUCCCCUUUCUGAAAACUUGGGUGAAUUUGCCUAUGGCGAUUGGGUUUAUGCUUCUAUACACCAAAUUGGCUAAUGUGCUAUCCAAGGAGGCUCUGUUUUACACUGUAAUCAUGCCCUUUAUCGCCUUCUUUGGAGCUUUCGGGUUCUUCUUGUAUCCCUUGAGUCAUUAUAUUCACCCUCAUGCAUUUGCUGAUAAGCUUCUCAACGUGCUUGGCCCAAGGUUUCUUGGUCCACUUGCUAUAAUGAGGAUUUGGAGCUUUUGUUUGUUCUAUGUCAUGGCUGAAUUGUGGGGGAGCGUGGUGGUUUCCGUGCUCUUCUGGGGAUUUGCUAAUCAGAUCACUACUGUUGAUGAAGCAAAGAAGUUUUACCCACUGUUUGGGCUUGGUGCAAAUAUAGCCUUAAUUUUCUCAGGACGGACAGUUAAGUAUUUCUCUAAUCUCCGCAAGAAUUUGGGUCCUGGAGUUGAUGGUUGGGCUGUCUCCCUCAAAGGAAUGAUGAGCAUUGUUGUACUGAUGGGUGGUGCUAUCUGCUUCCUUUACUGGUGGGUAAAUAGAACUGCCACUCUUCCAACCGUCAGCAAGAAGAAGAAGGCAAAGCCAAAGAUGGGUACAAUGGAGAGCUUGAAAUUCCUUGUCUCUUCAAGAUACAUCAGAGACCUUGCAACUUUAGUUGUGGCAUAUGGCAUUAGCAUCAACCUUGUUGAAGUUACGUGGAAAUCUAAGCUCAAGGCGCAGUUCCCUAGUCCGAACGAGUAUUCUGCAUUCAUGGGUGACUUCUCCACAGCUACUGGAAUAGCAACAUUCACGAUGAUGCUCGUCAGCCAAUACAUCUUUGACAAAUAUGGAUGGGGAGCUGCAGCCAAAAUCACACCCACAGUGCUACUUCUCACUGGAGUCGGAUUCUUCUCUCUGAUCUUGUUUGGUGGUCCUCUUGUUCCCACCCUCGCCAAAUUUGGGAUGACUCCUCUGCUUGCGGCUGUCUAUGUUGGCGCCUUGCAAAAUAUUUUCAGCAAGAGUGCCAAGUACAGCUUGUUUGAUCCCUGCAAAGAAAUGGCUUACAUCCCUCUGGAUGAGGAAACCAAGGUUAAAGGAAAGGCAGCCAUUGAUGUGGUCUGCAACCCACUUGGGAAAUCAGGGGGAGCUCUGAUUCAACAGUUCAUGAUUUUGACCUUCGGUUCACUCGCUAAUUCAACUCCUUACCUUGGAGUGACCCUUCUGGGUAUCGUACUUGCGUGGUUAGCCGCAGCCAGGUCGUUGGAUGGGCAGUUCACUGCUUUGAGACGGGAGGAUGAGCUCGAGAAGGAGAUGGAAAGGGCUGCCGUGAAAAUUCCAGUUGUAUCUGAUAACGAAAGUGGGAAUGGAUCUCUUCGCAGCGGCACUGGCUCCCCAUUGAACCCUACAGCAGGUGACUCAACCAGCAGCUCAUCAGCUCCCAAGAUGUAAGAACAAGUUGUUUUUUUUGGUGCCAGAAUAGAAGUCCAGGAAACGGGAGUAGAAGAAGAAGAAUAAGUAAUGAAGGAGAGCCUGCCAUGUUAGGUAACCCAUUUGGUGGUGGGUAGGGUGGAAAGAAGUAAUAAUAUAUACUAGGGAUGAAUGAUGGUAUGCGUCUUGAAAUUGUUGCUCUUGCGAUUUCGAAGGUUUUGUUCGCGCGGAGAUUGUUUCACUCGACUUCAUAAGUUACGUUGUAGAUUUGAAUUUUUAGUCACAAGUUAAUAAGUACAGAAGUCAUGUCAAAACGUAAGGAGCAACGUAGUUACAUAGAACAUCAUAGCUGGCCAACCUUUUGGUGACUGAUUGGUGGUUAUUGCUAUUUUGGUUACACUGUUAAACCACAUGUGUUUUAGUAUCAAAAUAUGGCUGACUGUGAGUAUGAUGCAGUAUCAUGAAAGUUUAUAUGAAUCAUUUUGCCAAAGCUAGCUAUGCUGAUAGAUAGAAGGCACGGCAGGCUAACAGCUCUAAAUUGGACGAUCUAUAAUCCAAGGCGGGCUGGGAAAGCCCUUCUGAAUCAGUUGUCUCGUCUUUUUGUUCUGUAUCAGAAACAAUGCAUUCAUAUUAUGAAAAUUGAAAAGACGAAGAAUUCAUCGUAAACCUUAUUCGGUAAAGCGUUUGUCAUGUUGUGGGCGCCCUUCCCUUUAUGGGAUAACAAUUCGAUUGUUUUGGAAGUAUGUACAACACUUGCUUUAUUCCUCUAACCAUGACCCUCAUGACCCCAGCACUGCCAAAAGCGAAACAAUGGCGCCCGUAUCUUUUUUCCUGGAGGAGUGCGGGACCAAUUCUGGGUGCUCGUGGAUGGAAGAAUACCCCAGCUGGAACACAUUUAUGUUCACCUGCUGCAUUACAUAUUUUAUUUACGAGAAUAAUAUGUAUGGAAAAAAAAAGGAUUAAAAGGCUCGUCAUUAAGGCCGCAAAUGAGCCGAGCUGCUCGCGAGCGGCUCGGCGUUCGACUCGAGAAAAGCUCGUUCGAAACUCGACUCGUUAAUAAACGAGCCGAACACGAGCUCACCUUUGUUCGGCUCGUGAAGCUCGCGAGCUAGCUCGACUCGGUGGCUUGUUGAGCUAAACUCGUGAGCUAGCUCGUUUAGAGCUCAUGAUAUGUCUUGACAUGUGGCUAGAGAGCCAACUCGAUUACCAACUUAUGGACGAAUCAAUCUAUAUCUUAUGAUUUUAAUUAAUAUGGUUGUUAAAUUAUAUAUCUCACCAUAUAUAAAGUUUAAUACGUUAAGUUUUUGAGCAAUAUAUCUUAUUUUCUACUUUAAAAAGAAAUUAUGCAUCAUAAAUUGUUUCGAUACUAUGAAAUAACAUGAUUUGGAGUAGUUAAAAUUUAUUAACUAAAUGAUAUAUGAUACCAACAAAGUAUAAUAUGAGAUUAGCUAACAAAAUAAAUCAUAUGUAUUAUAAUAUACAAAAUGAAGUAUCAAAUAAAAGUUAAGAUUUUAAUAAACAAGCUAGCUCGAGCUCAACUCAACUCGGCUCGUUAAUAAAUGAGCUGAGCUCGACUCGUUUAUUAACGAGCCGAGCUCAAGCUGGAGUAAAACUCGACUCGACUCGGCUCAUUUGCAGCCCUACACGUCAUAGGCUUGGGCUUUUACCAGCCCGGGUACAACGGGCAUUUUUUUUCUAGAAUAUACAUUUUUUUUAAAAGAUUCUAAAAUACUAAUGUUGUUAGAACCGAAUCGGAGCAUGACCCGUUAAUGCGAAUGACUCGCACUUUAGUGGUCUGAUCGACACUAGACCGUUUAAAAUCCGUCAGAGAACCAGUACCUAAUAAAUGUUAUCAGUAUAA